AAAAUAUUGACGUGUAAUUUUUCCAGUUGUGAGCUGGGCAUACAAUUUUUAUGUUAAUGUUUAUUGAAUCAAAGGUUUUUGGAGUAUUUUGCCUGUAACAACUGAAAUAUUUAAUGAACUUUCUGAAAAGUGGUCUCCAAACGGUGCUGGGUUCGCAGGAACCCGGCACCCUUCCCACCGGUGCUGAAACCGUGGAAAGACUGGUGGAGCGUGUCAGUUCAUCAACGUUACUGGAAGACCGCCGAGAUGCCUGUAGAGCCCUGAGAGCUUUGUCAAAGAAGUAUCGCGUAGAAGUGGGCGUCCAAGGGUUCCCCGCAUUGCUACAAGUAAUGGAAAUGGAUCGAGCAGACGCGGAAAUAAUCGGAUAUUGUUUGGAUACCUUGUGUCAUGUCACAUCAAGGGAACCAUUCGAAGAAGAAGCUGAUAAUCCGAAUAUUACUGUAAACAUUGGAGAACAGUUUACGGAAAUAUUCAUCAAAUCUAGCGAAAAUGUGACGCUGGUCUUGAAUUGUUUAGAAGAGUACGAUUUCCGUGUUCGAUGGUCAGCAAUUAAGCUCCUGACCGGGUUGUUGGCGAACAAGCCCAAAGAGAUUCAGGAGAUUGUAUUGGUCAGUCCGAUGGGGGUUUCGAAGUUGAUGGAUUUGCUGAUUGACAGUCGAGAGGUGAUAAGAAAUGAUGCUCUUUUGCUACUGAUCCAACUUACGAAAGGAAACGCAAACAUCCAGAAAAUUGUGGCGUUCGAAAAUGCAUUCGAUAGAUUAUUUGAUGUAAUUAAAGAGGAAGGUAGCUCGGAUGGCGGAAUAGUAGUAGAAGAUUGCUUACUAUUGAUGCUAAACUUACUGAAAAAUAAUCCGAGCAACCAACAAUUCUUUAAGGAAGGAUCUUAUAUUCAGAGACUUGCGCCAAUGUUUGUGAUACCACCCGAGCAGGAGGAAAUUGGUAUGACACCGCAAAAAAUAUCAAACAUGUUGCGCAUGUUACAAAUAGUGAGAGCUUUGGUAAGUCCCAGCAAUUCUCAGCAAGUCGUAUCCUCUUGUCAGAAAGCUAUGCGCAGCUCUGGACUUUUGGAGGGGCUUUGCAACAUCAUCAUGGGUAGCGGUGUAUCUCCCGAUAUUUUGACGGAAACGAUCAACACCGUUGCAGAAGUAAUUCGAGGGGAUGUAAACAACCAGGAGUAUUUCAAUUCUGUUAUGGCUCCCAGUAAUCCACCACGGCCCGCCCUCAUCGUUCUGCUGAUGUCUAUGGUUAACGAGAAACAGCCAUUGCCAUUACGUUGCGCCGUACUUUACUGCUUCCAGAGUUAUCUUUACAAAAACGAAUCCGGUCAAAAUGCACUGGUGCAGACAUUGUUACCCUCCACAUCACAAGUAUCGUCUCUCACCUCUGGUCAGUUGUUGUGUGGAGGACUUUUUAGCACCGAUCCUCUUUCUAACUGGUUUUCCGCAGUUUCCUUAGCGCACGCUCUGUUGGAGAAUCCAACCCAGAAGGAACAACUUCUUCGUGUUCUACUAGCCACAUCGGUGGGCAGCACUCCAGUGUCGCUUCUCCAGCAGUGUACGCAAUUGUUACAACAGGCCAACUGUAAAUUUCAGAGUAAGGUCGCUCUACUGAUGCUUUUGGCAGUUUGGCUAAGUCAUUGCCAGGUUGCCGUUAAAACGUUUCUGUCAUCACCGGGAAGCGUGGCCUAUCUAAUUGCACAAAUAGCUGCCAACGAGCACGAUGAUAACGAGUAUCUAAUUCAGGGAAUGUGCGCCUUUUUGAUGGGAAUUUGCAUUCAGUUCAACGAUAAUAGCGUGCAGGGCAGCAAAAGGGAAGACCUCUGCCAGCUACUAAUCAAACGCAUCGGAUUGGAAACGUACAGCGCCAAGUUAGGAGAAGUCUCCAAGCAUGAAAACUACAGCCGUUCUGCAAAACAGCCCCAAAUCAGAAUACGAUCUAGCACGGAUUUGCUAUUGGAUUACGAGUUUUGCAAAUUGUUCAAAGCACUGGAAUCUGUCAUCACUAUUACGGUGAAUGGCUUCGGGAACGGAGCGGACAAUAUCAACGAGCUAACGCUCAGCCAAGAAGCGUCUGGUCUGGUUGGACAGUAUAAAGAUAUUAUACGAGAACAGGAUAGCCGCUUACAAAAUCUGCAAGAGCAACUGAAAACCGUUGAAUUUGAAAAUAUGCAACUAAAGACACAACUUGAUCAAACACAGAGCUCCAACGCCCAGUUAUCUGAUCAAAACAUUCUGCUUAAAGCUCAGCUGCAAGCAGCGUCGGAUCUACAAAAAAGCCAACAACAGUCUCCAUUCCAUCUGCUUCCCACUCAAGGCGAAAAUGUGAAUCAUCAGGUGGAGGCCCUCGAGAGCAAGCUGGCGGCUCUAACAGUUCAGCAGCAGGAUCAACACUCGAAAACUAGUUUCGUUGAAGCGGAGAAUAGACGACUACUGAACGAAAUGGAGCAGCUAAGGCAGCGAGUCAACGAAGCGGAAAAAGCAUCGAUAGAGGGUAAAAAUGAUCUUGAAAAACUGCAGAAAGAUCAGGAAGAUUUGAUGGAGCUACUCACCGACCAGGAGAAUAAGAUGAGGAGCUAUAGGCAGACAUUGAAGAACCUUGGGCAUAAAGUUGAAGACGACAGUGAAGAGGACGAACCAGAUGUUAAUAGUAAUGAAAACGUUCAUAUAUUGCAAUAAGCAUUCCAAAAAUUCGAUAGUGUGGCUUGUUAUCUAUCUUUAUUUUCUGUUAAUACGUAGACGAUUUAAUAGCCAAUGUAAUGGCAGUACUAUUGAGAAACAGAAAGGUUAUUUACUACCCGCUUUGACUAAAGUAUUUCAAUUCAAUAAACCGUUUCCAAUUCCUAUGACCCUUUGGGAAAUCCUUACUGAAGCAGGCUUUCUUUUGUUCUAUCGGAUGAAAUUCUUGUUUUACAAUAAAGGAAAUUACUGCUUACUACUCA